UUGAAUAACGAUUCGAUCAUGGUCCAGCGCCAAGUUAAGGAGGGCAUAGAUGCGGUCAUUGUCGAUAACGUCCUAGCAAUACGCAAGGGCCUUACGAGCAACGAGACGGAAGCCCAUGUGUCGGGUGAGGCCACUGCUGACCCCGCCGCGGCAUGAGCGGGGUUCGAAAAGUAUAUAUUCGGCAAACAGUACGAUGGGACGGGGAUACGUAUCCUUACAGAGACGAUGGCUGGUUAGCCUUCAACACCGGAACAAAAGGGCGGCAUCAACUCGCCCCGGAUACGACUAACGAGAAAAAACGGGUGUGGUAGACACUCUCGUCAUUGCGGCGACCAUUUUGCUUUUUGUUUUCCUAGUUGUGAUGGACCUCAAUCCGGGCGAAUCGACGCCACAGGGGCCGUCGUUGCUCGAGAGUCGAGAGCACAUGAUGCAGUCAAGGCUUGCUUGCUCAGACAGACAGACGUUCGCUUCAUUGACGGUCUUUGGUGGACUUGGGACUCGCGUGACAUGAGUGACGGUGCCAAGCUGUUGCUGUCGAUAAAGUGCCGACAAGAGUGACACGGGAUCGCCAUCAAGCAUGAAACCCGCAUGCGCAGAGGGGUCACAAGGUUUUGACCCGUCUUGAGGUGACGUCCGCAGGUUUGAUUCAGCCCUCGCGGCCUUGUCCUGUUUCUAGCCACCAGUUGCCUGUGAAUUUGUGUCUCGAUGAACCAUGGCUGACACAAAAUGCUAGGGGAAGACAGCAACCUAACGAGGAUCCCGUACAGAAGUGCACCAUCAAGGGCAUUCCUUGGUAGUCUCUCUGCUCGGAGCGUGCCAUAGCCGCCAGCAGCGCUACCUUUGUUCCGUUCACACCUUGAUUGCCUCCCAGCUGUAAUGCUGUAACACAUUCGGAUCCUGACUGCUCCAAGAUUCAGCGUCGAACGUUCUCGGACGCCACAUUAAGCUCAUGUGAGUGUCAUUAUCUUUGGAGAGUGUGCCCAUGUACAAGUGCAAGUUCGUAGCUCGUGAGUCGCCGUAUUCUCGACAGUGCUCUAGAUGCCAAGCGGCAGACGCAGAGCCUGUCUGGCUGGGACGGGUUUGAGUGAAAGGUCUCUCAC